UCCACGAGUCUACAUUUCACUCGCGACUUCGUCUUGCAAUUAAAAACAUUGAAAGGUGCGAAUCGAUAUAUCGCGAGAUAAUUCGAAAAAGCAGAGGGAGAUAUCAUUCUUCAAAGAAAAUCCAAGAUUUGAGGACGCAGUGGUUUCAAAGAAUCGUUCUUCGAGAGAAAGAUUUUGUAUCGUUAAACUCUCAAAAACAGGAAUUAAACGGAAAGUUAAGUGCGACGAGAAGUUCUCAAUGAUCGGGAUGGAUUAUUUUGUGUCGCGUGUGAUCUCCACGGCUUAAAGUUGAACGCAACUUGAACAGUUGUGUUAAUCUUCCGAAGGCAUCUACAACGAAACGAAAAUGUCUCGAAGCUUCCUAGUGGACUCUUUGAUCGGCAACAACUCGCCGCCCUCAUAUCCGCUACCAUAUUAUGGGAAUCUACCUAAUUACAUGUUCAAUUUCUUUAAUGUUGGUUUGGGCUACCAACCGAUCAGGCCAGUGCCCAGACCACCCACCAUGCCCGUGCCAAUCAGCCCACCGGCACUGGGUGUUUUGCCGAUUCCUAGACAGAGUCCUCCGUCACCUUUAAAUAUCUCGACGAGCAGACUACCAGACGUUUCAACGCCCAGCGAGUCUCCGUCCCGUAACAGCACCCCGACGCCUCCGCCAAAAUCCCCGAGCUCCAUUAGCAACAGUUCAAAGCGCAUCCGGACCGCGUUCACCAGUACUCAGCUGUUAGAAUUGGAGCGCGAGUUUGCCUCGAACAUGUACCUAUCGCGACUACGCCGAAUCGAGAUCGCGACCAAUCUGCGGCUAUCGGAGAAACAGGUGAAGAUCUGGUUUCAGAACCGCCGAGUAAAAUAUAAGAAAGAGGAUCUGCCGUCUGGCCAGAGCCAGAAAUGCUGCUGCCUACGGACCUGCGGUAAACGAAAGGAUAGCUGCGGAGAGGAAUCGCCCAGCCGAAAGUGUGAUCAAGACGAGGACGAGAAAAGAUCCGUCAAGAGCGAGAGUGACGAUGGCAAAUCUGGUCGCGGACUCGCCGUAACUGAGCGCUUCGAGCGAUCGAUCGCGAACGAAGACGUCGGCCCCGAGGAGAAGUUUGACUUCUCGAGAAUAAACUCCGUGCAGGAGGAUCAGGCAGUCGGAUACGAAGCGCGAGAUCUCUCUCGAGGUUGCAAGAGGAGUCUGACGGAGACAAGCGAAGAGAACGACAAGAGGAGGAAGGUGGAGACAGUGGUAGAUUAUCAAACUCCGAAUCCGGAGGCGAUUACUACAACUCCAGUAUUCAGAAGUAUAGCAUGUACGAAACAUACCGUCGAGAGAAUCGUUAACUUGUAGAAAUUCCAAAGUCUGUACAUAAAUUCUCGGAGCUUCUAAUGUAAUGCAAAGUUGAAACUCUCACGAUACCUUGGCAAACACAUAAAUUGAAUAUAUAAAUGAAUAGAUAAGCACUUUGAGAAAAGAACCGAGACAACGAAACUAUAUCAGAAUGUGCUCAAUAAUUGUGAAUAUUGUAAAUAUAUUUCGUAAGAUUGUAUUAUAGAUAUAUUUUUGUAUGAUUUAUGUAGAAAACUGAAAU